GGAGGGGGAUAUUUAACUUGGGACUGAGCAGCGCUCCUCUACAGACACACUCACACACAGUGUGCCUAAGCAAAGAAAACGCUCCUCCAGCAGCCAAGUCUCUCAGACUCCUGAAGUAGGAGCGACUCAGUAGAGGAGCUUCUGUAGCAGUUUAUCAAAGUGAGGAGGAGAGACGCUCCCUCUGGAAUUGACCUGCUUACUUGCAAUCGACAAAAGGAAAAAAAGGACUCCAGAUUAUGGACUGGCUCGUCAUGCAUGCAGCAGCGAAACACUGACUGGGACCUGGAGCUUUUUUUCUGAGAGGAUUUGAAAAGGAACUCUGAACUAACUGGCUUUUUCUGCAGUUUUUUUUUUUUUGCAUUUUGAUAUGCACUGACACUGCAAAUUUGCUGUAAUUCUUUUCUAUUACAUGCACACAGCCGAGAGUUGGAAUAUUACAGCCUGAAUUUGCGAUUUGGAACAUCAUCUGGAAAAAGAUAAAUGUCUUUCAUAAGUUGAGACUGCAUCAGUGCAAGUUUUUUGGACAUUUAUCUGCACAGAUCCACGGCUGGAAUUAUACCACACUGACUGCCUGCAUAGAGCGUUUUCCUUCAGUGCAUGGAUUGUGCGCUCUGCAUGGGACCUUGUCAAACCCUGAGAGCGUCAGGCGACGUUAAAGAGAGAAGCCACGUUUAUAAAAAAGCCCAGGGUGCGUAAAAAUAACAUUGGAGCCGAGGCAUCCUCCUCAGUGACAUUUCAAACUUGGGUUGAAGUGCUCUUUUGUGCGCCCUUCCUUCUCUCUCUCCUUCUCUCUCCACUCUCUCUCUCUCUCUCGGGAUCUCUUCUGUCUCUCUUCUAGAAAACACUUUCAUUCCAUGCAGCUCUCUCCGCUCGGCCGCUGUCAUCCAGCUCAGACAGCGCGUCGUCGUGGCUUCGUGUCCACGGAGUAACCAUGACAACAGAAAGAAACCCAAAGUGAAUCCAUCCAAAAGGGAGUGAGAGGAGUGCUUUUUUUUUUUCACCAUUUUGUGCUUUUUGUUUGUUAAGUUUAAACAUUUUUUUUUGUGUGCAAAGAAGACUGGCUGCAGAGUUGCAUCAGAUUUGCAUCAAAUUGCAAAGUUGAAGUUGCUCCAUGUCAUUCAAACCCGACGCAGUCUAUUAAAAGUAUCGCCUUUGCUUGGUGGUGACUGAACUUCUACUAUUUAUGAAGCCCUAUGAAGGCUGCUGGUCGUUGCAGAGAACACAGUAGUGACCGGGAAGAUAAGUGAAUCCUUACUUUUACGCGUGAAGAACCGGUGCGUAAAAACCCAAUCAUAAUAAUAAUGGGCCUCUCACAAACGCUACUCGUUUACGUGCUGGUGUGCGUCCACCUUGGAGUUUCCCAGCAUUACCUUCGUCUCCGUCCAUCACCCAGCGAUCACCUGCCAGUGCCAGACCUCAAGGAGGACCCGGACCCGGAGUACGACCCCCGGGAGCAGGACUUGGCCGAGAGGACUCUGAGGAAAAAGCUGGGCAGCAACUUCGACCCAAACUUCAUGUCCAUCACCUCACCCAUGCUGCAGGUGAACCUCUCGAGCUCUGGUGAUGUCAACCAGGUGAAGCUGCAGGGGCCCAUGCCAAACGAGAUUAAAAAGCUGGACCUCACAGAGACCCCCUAUGGGAAGCGGGUCAAAGUGGGCAAAAAGGCGCGCAGGAAAUUCCUGCAGUGGCUGUGGACCUACACGCACUGCCCAGUGGUGCACACCUGGAAGGAUCUGGGCGCGAGGUUCUGGCCGCGUUACAUCAAGGAGGGCAACUGUUUCUCCGAGCGCUCGUGCUCCUUCCCAGAGGGCAUGUCUUGCAAACCAGUCAAGUCAAUCAACAAGAUUUUCCUCCGGUGGUAUUGUCAAGGCUUUCUAAGACAGAAAUACUGUACGUGGAUACAGGUGCAAUACCCAAUCAUCUCAGAGUGCAAGUGUUCGUGCUGAUUUUUAUUCUAAGGGAAGUUGGUCGAAGGUGGGAGUGGACUGGACUGGAAAUACGGUUUCUAUUGCACUGUUAACUCUCUACAGAGGUGGGCACCAUAGCAAAUCUAUUUUUUUAUAUAUAGCAUUUUAAGUGAAAUACCAACAUUGUACAUAUUUAAGAAAAAUGCAGCUAUUUUUUCUAAUUGAACCCAGGACCAUAUUUUAUUCUCAACCCUGAAAAUGGUUUUUUUUUGGGAGGGGGAACACGAAGCACUUCAUAUGGAAGAGCUUUUUUUUUUUUUUUUUGAUAUUUUUUAUGAGACAUUGAAGAUGCAAUGCAUAUAUGCUAUACACCUCUCCAAGAGGUGACCUUUUUUUUUUUUUCUCUUCAAACUGAACAUUGAUGCUGACUGUUAUUUCACUGCAAUGCUGCCUAGAGUUUUUUUUUGUAUAAUAUUAAUAUCAAUAAUAAUUAAAUUGUAAAAAAAAAAAAAAAAAAAAGAAGAAAAAAAAGAAAAAAGUUGAGGUUAAAAGAUAUAUAUAAAGGCGUGAACUCAGCUUUUUUUUUGGAAUAC